CGCAGAUGCAGCUCCUCGCUGUGAGGAGGAGGCGGCGGCGGCGGCCAUGGCGCUGAACAGGAAUCACUCCGAGGGUGGCGGCGUCAUCGUUAACAACAGCGAGAAUGUUUUGAUGACCUAUGAUCAUGUUGAGCUUACCUUCAGUGAUAUUGAGCCCAUGCCAGAUGCCUUCAAAGGGUCCAAGAAGGGCAGUGUUUUCUUGACUCCCUACCGAGUUAUCUUUGUGUCGAAGGGGAAGGAUGCUCUGCAGUCUUUCAUGAUGCCCUUUUAUCUGUUGAAAGAUUGUGAGAUUAAGCAGCCUGUCUUUGGAGCAAACUAUAUCAAGGGCACAGUGAAAGCAGAGGCAGGAGGUGGCUGGGAAGGCUCUGCCACGUUCAAGCUGACCUUUUCAGCCGGGGGUGCAAUCGAGUUCGGGCAGCGCAUGCUGCAGGUGGCAUCACAAGUCUCCAGAGGUGAAAUCCCCAACGGAGCUUAUGGCUACUCCUAUAUGCCAAAUGGAUCCUAUGCUUUUGCCCCACCUGCAGCCAAUGCAAGCUAUGCCUACCCACCACCUCCUCCUGAGUUUUAUCCUGGCCCUCCACCUGGGGACAUGGGUUACAUGCAGCUUCCACCCCCACCCUACCCAGGGCCCAUGGAACCUCCUGUCAGUGGUCCAGACCUGCCCUCCACUCCUGCAGCUGAGGCGAAGGCUGCUGAAGCUGCUGCCAGUGCUUACUACAGCCCUGUCAACCCACACAAUGUCUACAUGCCCACGGACCAGCCACCCCCUCCUCCAUAUUUCCCACCAGAGGACAAGAAAAACCAAUAAACAAGCACAGAGCUCCUUCUCCACAACUCAUUGCUUCCUUCCCAUUUUGGCAGAAUCCUGGGGCAUGGUCCAUAGCACUGAGUAGAGCCUUCCCCCGAGGCAUGUAGCUUUCAGGGACUCUAGUGGUAGAUCUGUGCAGAGCAAGGGGAGAGAUCUCAGCAGCCUGGGUCGCCUCACGGAGCUCUGAGGCUUUGCUGUGCUGCCAGGGUCUCCCCCUCUCCCUCUGCACAGCACUGCUAGAACUGGAGGUUCUCUUCAUCUCUAAUUGCUUCCCUUACAUCUCUUUCUGUGGAUACUUAAAUUUGACCUCUUCAGAGUAAGCAACUGCUCCAAACUGACAAUUAACAUGCUCAUCACCUGGAAACAAGGCUCUUGGAGGGGGGUGGGGAGUGUCUUGGAUUUAAAUUAGUGUGCAGCCAAGAGCAUCUCUGGGCACAGGAAUGUCUCUGGGUAUUCCUCUCAACCCAGAGCUGCACAUCCAUCUUUUCCCUCUGCUACUGAGAAAGGGCUUCAAAGGGAACCUUUGGGAUCUCAAAGGCCAUGAGUAUC